UGGUUGAGAGGGAGGGGUGCAGUCACUAUAGCAACCAUAACUAAAUUUUCCUCCGUCAGCGGAGGGGCGGGGCCUUGUUUGUAGAUGGAGUUUAUCUCUAGAGACCAGUGUUCUCAAUGAGAGGAAGGAUGGAUAUAUUGAUGGAGAAGAGGAGAAACUAGAGAACAACACAGAAGGGCAGAGUAGGGGGAAACAAGAGCUAAUACGUGCUAAGCCAAGCAAAUCUGUGUUUAAUUCGACAUUUUAAAUAAUUUUUAGUUUGUGAUGUUUUUAUCCUCUGUGACAAUGCACAGUCAGGUGUCAUGUUGGAUGCAACACCAUUAGCAAGUGUGCCGCUGCAUCAGGUUUCAACGUGGACAUCUGACGCCAUCUUUUGGUCCUAGAUAUGAAUUACAAAAUAACAGCAUCAAAGGGCCUCUGUACAGGACACCUAGAAGUUAAGAUGUUAGCUGUUAAGAUACAAGAACUGUAAAUACGGAUUAUUACUGCUGCCAUGUAAAACAUAAAGUUUCCAGGUUGAUAUUACCCGUUUGUCCUCAUCAAAUGUAGGCUACUUUUCUUGUUUUUAGUACUCUUAAAUCUGCUAGCAACACUAGUCCCUAAAUAUUUUUAUAUGUUUGUAUUUGUAAUAAUCAGCAAUAGUAUCCUUAUUUCUAAAACUCUUAAGUUAACGAAACUAAACGUUACAUCUAAAUUAGUAGUAGAAGAUAUAGACCCAAACGCUAAGCGAUAAUGUCGUUGUAGAUAGAUUAUUCAGCAUAAGUUUAACGUGUUCCUGGCGCUUUAAAGCUCAAAUAACUGGACUGGGAUAUGUAUGAGCGCAUGAGGAAAAGAUGUGAAAUAGCAGGGGAGCGGAUAUCCUUCUGAGCCAACCAUGAGAGAGGCCUCAAAUACAGGCGGGGUUCGCAGCCAAUCAGAGGACAUGUUUCUGUAUGGUGGCUGGUCUUGCUGCCAGAGUUGGGAUAAUGUUAUACACAGCUGGGUUUUUUUUUUUUCUAAAUUUCAGGACUGGUGGCAGAAUGCGGCUAGGGAGCGUACAACUUUGUUUUGCACGGAAUUCAUUCAUGGACACCGAACGAAACGUCUAGAAUCUCUGCUUUGUUUUUGUUUUUUUGUCCCCACAGCGGAGUUUGAUGAUGUUAUAGUGUUAUUUCCAGUGGCAGCAGCAGCUUCAGACCACACUAGUUUUGUUUAGAAACUUUAACCCCAGCAGAGUCUUUCUCGCGGCCGGGACCUUGUCAGUGGGCUUCAGCUCCUCACAGAAGUUGUGGAAAAGCAUGAGGGCGGAGGAACAUCGCUUCAGGAAGGGUUUGUUGAGCCGUGCGGGACAGGAGAGCGGGGCGACUCCGAUCAAAAACUGUCUUCAUGGUUGAGUGUCUUCUUGAAUGGGGCGGUGUGUUUUGAUCCACUCUGUUAUUCUGCAAAAGCUGUUUCUGUACCGUCAGGGGGCAGCGGUCCGACCGGCGGGGAGGGACACGGCGGAGUGACUCCUGGCUUCGUGCUGGACACAAACCGGACCACUUUGGCUUCAUAUGGGGCGACUUGGGGAGAUUAUAGUUCGGAAAGGCCUGCUGCUCUGCUGUUGCUGGUCUGCCAACAAAGGAAACGACUGUCGUGCUUCCAUUUCACUGCCGUGGUCACAAACUCUGAGAGUGUUAAGAGAAAGACAGCUUCAGUCACUGUGUGAUUGAACUGAAGUUGGGAAAUGAGCUCUGAAUUUAUGGCCACUCGAGAGUAGAGCUGCUCACGCGCCCGCACGCAGACACGCGCUUCUUUGUUGUAAAGUUUACUCUCAGUUGAAAAUCUGUCAUUUUAAUUCCAGUUACUGUCCAAACAAUAUCAGUUCAAGUUCACGCCGGGUGGAUGUGUGAGGAUGGUGGAGAGCCGGAGCUGUGUCCAGAGGGAGGGGGUGUACCGCUGGUUCUCCUCCCUCACGUCCGCCCAGAGAGCCGAGUUCCUGUGCGGCCUCCUGGACCUCUGCGUCCCCAUCGAGCUCCGCUUCCUCGGCUCCUGCCUGGAGGACUUGGCGCGCAAGGACUAUCACUCCCUCCGGGAUGCUGAGAUCAAAGCCAACAACCCCGUGGACCUCUCAGGCCUCACCAACAUCACAGACGAGGUUGUGCGCAGCAAAUUACUGGUGUCCCUGGCCCUGCUCGGCUCGGACAACAGGGAGGCGGCGGGGGUCCUGUACCGGACCCUGACUCACAUAGACACGGUGAUCAAUAACUACGGCCUGGCCCUGAAUGACGGGAGGACCGAGGAGCAGUUUCUCUUACUGUUCACCAUGGCCUCUCACCACCCUGCCUUCAGCUUCCACCAGAAGCAGGUGCUGAGGCAGCAGCUCGGCCAGAUCCAGGACAUCCUGCAGGUGAACAGUGGAGGAGGAGGGGGAGGAGGAGAGGCUCAAACAGCGGGCCCCGGUGGGGAUCAAGCUGCUGUCUGUUAUGCUCAGCCACAUCACCACCAUCACCACCAGGCCGUGUCCCUGCCUCUGGCCUCGCUGUCCCCUGCUGCCUGCCCACUGCCUGAUGGCAGCGCCGCCUACCUGCCUCUGUCCACCUGCCAGCCCUGCCACACACACUGCACCUGCUGGCUCAAGAGUCAGACCAGAGAGGCUGGCACAGUCUCGGGGCCGAGUUCAGGGGUCACCAUGGGACGACGAGACCAAGCAGUCAGUCAGGAGUCCAGCCCUCCUCACACAGACCUCCCUCCUCCUCUUCCUCCUCCUCCACCACCACCACCACCUCCACCACCACCUCCUCAUCUGCCUCCUCCUCCUAUGCCUGCUGGACAAGGUCAAGAUGCAGCACCAAUCAAGACCCACCAGGGAAAAGUCACAAAAGUGGUGAUUGAGAGGGUGGUGCUGAGAGGCGUGACACACAAGGCUGAAGACAACAGUGAAUACGUGUUCGAGGUCACCUGGUCUGAUGGUUUUGUGUCAUCCGUUGUCAGAACUCAGCAGGAGGUGACAGAGCUGCUGUCUCAGCUGUCCCAGGCAUUUCCCGAUGAAGGGCCGGAGAAAAUCCUCCCUCAGUCCGUGGAGCUGGACCCCAGGUGUCUGACAGCACUGCCCUGCCAUGUCCUCCAGCACCACAGUGUCCAGCUGUUCUUCACCUCCACCAGGCCUCUCUCACCCAACUGUCCUGCCUCCCUCCCUCCAGUACCCUCCUCCCCCCCGAUGGCCCCAGUAGCCCCAACCUGCCCGUUCACCUCCAGCUCUAAUGCUGGCUGCAUGGUUCAGUACAGAGGAACCAACAGGGCAGUAUACCGAGUUGCCAGUGUCCAACCUGUCAUCAGCACCCACAGCUCUGUCUUGACUCGCCCUUCCCCUCACCUCUCCUCCCUCCCUCCUCCUCUUCCUCCCUCCAUUCCUCCUCCCCAGCUGUCCUCCCUCCCUCCCCCUGUGCCAGCCCUGUCCACCCAGUGCUCCAUGGCUGUAGGAGGUGAGCCCUCCUCCCAGCUGCAUCCCCAGCACAGCCAGUCGCUCUCAUACUCUCAGCCCCUGCACCACUCCCAGCACCACCUUCACCCACAAACCAACAGCCAGCCCAGCGCACAGCCUCAGGCCCUGCACCUGUCCCAUUCACAGCCAACCUCCCACUCACAUUCCCAGUCCCUUUCACACCCCCAGUCUCAUUCCCAGUCCCGUUCCCAGUCUCACACACAGACACCAUGCCAGUCCCAGCCCAACACUCCGGAGCAGAAUGGCAUUCUGGACUGGCUCCGCAGGCUUCGGCUCCACAAGUAUUACCCGGUCUUCAAACAGCUCACCAUGGAGGAGUUUUUAGGGCUGACAGAGGAAGACUUGAACAAGUACGACCUGACCCAAGGAGCAAAGAAGAAACUCAAGACUCAACUAGAGCUUCAAAACAGGGAGAUGAAGAUGGAGAAGCGCUCCUUCAGUGGCAUCGCCAGGGUAACGCCUUCCAGUCACAUGGGACCCUCAACACAUCCCACCUCAGGAGAGCUACGAGUGGAGGUGGACGCAGUGCCACACCAUCAACCCGUCUCAACAGACAACAGCUCAUCCUCAGGCUACUCCAGCUCCUCCUGCUCCCCUCGAACACCAGUCUGCUGUGACUCCACCUUGGACAGGACCAGAGACAUUCACAGGCGUGUGUCAGGUCCAGACACAGCAGGAGGGGCUCCUGAGAAGGACAGGUCAUGCCUCUUCAUCCUGAACUCCAGCUGCCCCGCGGGCUCUGGUCGUCCCACAGCCCAGGUCCUACCAGUCCAAACCGAUCCAGCUCCUCCUCUCCCUCCUUCCUGCUCCUUUGGUCUGCCGCAACCUCCCUACCACCCACAAGCCAGUUAUCCCCAGACCCUGCUCUCCCCGGUCUCAAACCCAGCACGCAUCCUGACUUCGCCUCGUAAGCCGAGGCCCCCUCCGCUGUGCACGGACGACAGGACUAAGCCGUUGGGCUUGGGCCUGCCUGCAGCGGGAGCAGUGUUCAACCCCGGGCUCAGUGUGGGGAUGGGGAUGAGGCUGGAGAACCUGUUCCCUGGGCUGAACAUGGACAGCUCCUCCACAGUCCAGGACUCAGUGGUUUGCCGUGGCAUAGCGGGAGGUGCUGUAGAAACCAGUUCUGCUAUGACCUCUACCUCCAACAGCCUCCACCACGUCUCCCACCCCCCUCUGCACUUUCACCUCUCGUCCUCUACAUCCCCCUCUCCCUCCGGAUACUACUCCUGUCUACCUACUUCCUCUUCCUCCUCCUCCUCCUUCUCUUCUUUUUCCUCCUGUCCCUCCACAAAAUCCAGUUCACAGUCCGGUAGCUCCAGUAGUGGUGGUGGCUUUGCUCCCAUGGCAACUGCAAGCAGUGUUCCAGUGGCUGCCGUGUCUGGAAACACUUACCACCUGCCUCAGCCUACCUCCAGCCCCUCCCCUUCCCCCUCGUCUGCCUCCUCAUUGGAGCAAAGUUCAGGUCACACGCCCUCUGUGUGUGUUUGCAGCUCCUGCGGUUGUCGGGGGAACUGUGGCGCCUAUGGGGCCUUGCCUGGGUAUGCAGCGGCCGGCUACCUGCAGCCAUUGUCAGCCGGACCCUCCCUCUUCACCCUGGGUCCUCUGCUCCAUCUCAGCCCCCUCAUAGCCUCGUCCAGCGCUGCCGGCACCGGGGCCACGCCCUUCUCCUACCCGAUGAUGGUGCCACCGCCCCUCUACCGCCACAGCCCUGUGUCUCAUGACCAGCAGCAGGGUUUUGCCAUCUACCAGCCCCAUGGCAUUAUGGGAAACGGAGGCCAGAAACGGGCAGCAGGGAACCUAUCGUGUUAUAACUGUGGUGCCAAUGGACACAGAGCAGAAGACUGCAAACAGCCGCCCAUGGAUUCAGCACAGCAGGGGACAUUUCGACUGAAAUACACUCCUCACUCUGACAAUAAGGACUCAGGGGACUAACCAGCAGAAACACCAGUGGAUCUGAACUGUCAUACUCCUGACACAUCCAUACCUCAUGUUCCUGCUCGCUAGCAGGCAGCAGCGUUUAAAAGGGAAGCGCAGACCUACAGCCUGCCUGUGGGUGCAAAGAGGCAAGCACGAGUCUGUUCAAAGACAGCUGAUCUGAAAGCACAGACCACUUGUAUCUUUUGUAAUUCUUUUGCAGAUGCUUACAAAUAUGUGAGAGGAGCACAGAGGAGAAACAGGUUGACGAGAAGCGUGGCUGUCGCAGUGCGUGUCGUCAGAUUAGCUUUCAUGCCUCCUCGAAUCUCCACAAAAACAUAGCCAAGAUUUUGAGAUUAGCAAACCCUACUCACUUCAGAGACCUAGCUGGAGCCCUGCCUCAUCCUCGUCCUCAGAAGAAACGCUACAGUCAUGUUACUUAUGGUGCAGUAUGACAAGAGAGUCUCAAAAUCUGCUACCCAGCAUUUAUAGUCGUUUAAAGUUUGCAUACCAAAGUCACAGCACUCACACAGCAAGUCACAGGAACUCAGUUAAGUGCAUUUCUCCUUGUUCUAAACAUAACAGCAGUUCUCUGGCAGACUGAAUCUGUUGGUAUAAAACAUCUCAUCCAACUCAAAGCCGUGAUUAUUUGUUUUACACUAACAGGAAGUUAUGUAAUGUGUGUGCUGAGCAAAUUAAAUCAACAUGCAACUUCGUGACACAACUGCCACUUAACUUUGCUAGAAAUUUUAACUACCCCCAAUGAUCAGCUUCUCUGUUUCCUUGAAGUGUUGCAUUGUGGGAGAAUCAUGUCUCUCAACAGCACGCUCAGAAAUCAAGUGUUUUAAGUAUGCUUAUUGAGUAUAAUGAAUACACCUUGUUAUAUCAUUCCCCAGUGUGAACACGCCACAUACUCAAAAUCCUCAUCCUCAUGGGAAAAAGUCCACUUUAAAGGUACCCCUGGUCUUUAUUUAUUACCACAACUAGCACUAUGAGUGGGUCUGUGGUAAACAUGUAAGGAUUUAAAAUAUUUAAACAGUUGGCUUUGCAGAUGUUUUUUGUGGAGGGAAAUGCACUCGAUUGUGUUUGUUAGAUGUGACGGUUGAGAGACACUUUGUAUAACUUUUGUUUGUUUACGAGAAGUUUCUACAGGGCACUUUUAAAAGGAACUGAGUGGCCCUGCUCCCAGGAACCUGAAGGUCUGCUGUACCUGCUGCUCCACCCCUGAUGGUGGUGGUCUGGCCCCAUGGAGAGCAACGCUGAUGCAUUCAGGCGCUCUCAUGUGAAAGUUGAUGACCAUGAUGUGGCAUUAAAAGGCUGGUGAAGUGAAACCAGUGAGAAAAGCUUAGCUCCCUGGUACCAAAGAUUGCAGAACAAGUUGUGACGUCCAGCAUCUGAUGGACAAAUGGUGCACCGGGUUAUUGCUAAAUACAGAGCAUAUCGAUAGAGCUUCAAUAUUUCUGUAAGGUCCAGUGAAUUUCUGGAUUCCUCACAAUAGCUUUUUCAUUGGUCUGAUCACAUCUGUUUUGUAUUUGUGACAUAUUUUCUGAUGGUCAGUGAUCACCUGAAUGCUUCAUUUGAUAACUGAGAGCAGAUUAUUGGAUGUCAAAGGCUGCAGAAGACAUGGCUGGUUUGAAAUGCCUGAGAUGUGUGUGUGUGUGUGUGUGUGUGAGGACUUGUCACACUUGGAAACUGGAAUCCUUCUUCAACAUCUGGCGAGGGUUCGGGUUAUUUUUGUGAUCACAGACACUUUCUUGCCUGUGAAAGCCCUUUACUAGUGCCAGGGGUGAAACCCACAGCAGCCUUUCUACCUCAGCGCCAACCUGAGAGCAAAAUGGCCUCCAGUGCCAGAUCCUGUUGCACAGUAGCAGGACAAUCAGAACAGUCCCUGACACCUCUUUGUAUCUUCACUUCCCAGCAGUGUUUCUGUGGACUCAUUAGUCCUAAACUUGUUCUUAGAUGGAGAGACGGAGUCUUUGGAGAGGUUUGCAUUCGAGUGUCUGACUGCGAGUGAGUUGCUGGGCAGGACCCAGAGUUUUACAGACACGAGGACAGCUGGUCCUUCAGAUGAAACUCUAUCUGUACCCCUGGUGGGCACAGCACAGGGACAUGGGGUGUUUAUUUAAAAUAGUAAAUACUGUACAUUCAGUGUGUGUGUGACAGCUUUAGUCUGUUGUUUAGAAUAAGCCUAACGUGUGCUUUUGUAAUGUAACAUAAAAUGUAUUUUAUUGGCUUUUCAAAGAAAUAUGGGACUCAGAAUCAACCAAUCAGCCCUUGCUUUUUCAGCUGAAGGGCAUUUAACUUUCUGCAACAGUGUAACUGUUUAUGAACAUGACCGCAUAAAACUUCAUAUAUUUUCUUGGAUUACACAGUACAAGAAAACUGCCUCCACAGUUCAUACCAAAGAAUGUUUGUUGUUGGCUCCACUUUUGGGAACUAUUUAGUUUUGCAGCUUCCUUGAAGCCAGAGCCAAAAUGUAUAACAGUCACAAUAGAGGCUGGUUAAUGCUUCAGAAUGCAUGUUGCUUCAUCUUUAGUAAAAUGUGCUUUUGAAAUGUUUGUGUGCAAAUGUUUGACCGCAGUUUAUAAUUCUCCAGUUCACUUGUAGGUCAGAGCCCUGAGCCUCGAGCAGAGUGGGUUACAGAGAUCUGCUGAGCUCACGUCUGUCUAACUCCAGAUUUUUUUUUUUUUCCAUUUUCAAACUUCUAGUCUUCAGACACAACAGAAACAGAGGCGCUAAAGCUGACAAACUGACUCAAGUGAUGGCAUUUGUCACAGCGUCUUUUGGACACACAAAAAGCUUUUUUUUGCAUGACCGAAUCUAUUAUUUCUAUAACACAAAGAACACAGAAUUUUAGCAUGGAGCACGUAGAUUUCACCUACAUGCUCAUCCACUUUUUCUGGGUAUGUUUUGACUAUUGGCCUGAAUGUAAAUCCAAUAAUACAUUAUAUAGACAAAAGUAUCCAGUGUUUAUGGAUAUUUAUGGGGCUGUUUAUCAGUCGUUGGGCUCGGCCCCUUACUUCCAGUGAAGGGAAAUCUUAAUGCUUCAGCAUACCAACACAUUUUGGACAAUGCUAUGCUUCCAACUUUGUGGCAACAGUUUGGGGAAGACCCUUUUCUAUUCCAGCAUGACUGUGCCCCAGUGCACAAAGCAAAGUCCAUAAAGACAUGGCUGGAUGUGUUUGGUUUGGAAGAAAUUGAUUGGCCCACACAGAGUCCUGACCUCAACCCCAUCCAACACCUUUGGGAUGAACAUCUUGUGGAAAGCCUUCCCAUAAGAGUGGAAGCUGUUAUAGCUGCAAAGCUGUCUGUGUGUUUAGAAUGCAAUGUCAUUAAAGUCCCUGUUGGUGUAAUGGUCAGGUGUCCCAGUACUUUUGUCUAUGGAAUGUACUUCCUAAGAUUUGUUUCUAAAUAGUCUAACUGAAUCAGUGGACUGGAGGACUUAAAAUAAACCAGCUGAGCAACACAGAGAUUACAGGUCUAAUUUUAUCAUGGAUAAAAACCCAGUGUUCUCAUCUAUAGAAAAUUACAGGGCACACAGUGGAACAGACCCAUAUUUAUACAUGUAUGAUUAGAUGUUUCUGAAUGCUUGAAACUACAGAAACAUCUUUAGUGUGGCAGAAAAUUGCCAUUAAUCUGACUUUCAUUAUUUCAGUCCCAGUUAACAAGCUUAAAAGUGGUCAGCUCGCCCCCCAGACAUACUGAAUGCACACAGAUAAAGAGCAGAGCAACUUUCAGAAGAACAAACAUGCAAAACAAAUGUGAAUGAAAAACAAAAUUUAAGUCCUCACCAGCAGAUAUCUGUUUGCUCCAUGAUCAAUAACCACAAAUCCCUUCAGAAAAAUUCAGUUCUACACCCUGUUAUGUUUAUGUGUUUGAAUGAUCACUGAGGAGUAAACUACAUAUGAUACGACUGUGUUAAGCUGCAUAAGAUUCAGGAUUAUAAUAACGUCGGUUUAUUAUGUAUAAUGUAUCAUAUGAAACAUUUACAAUACAUCUUAAUGGGCUAUGGCAACUAGGCUGCAGUAUUUUACAUGUUAGGCUUCAGUGCAACAGGUCAGUUCAGUUUCAGUUACUGAAAUGUUCAAUACCAAUGAUUUAUUCUAAGGACUGGGCUGACAAUUAGAGUGUAUGAGCAUUUGUGCUGAGUGUUUGUAAACUGGUAAGAACAACACAAUGAAUGCAUUUAUAAGGUGAUUUUGGGAUACUGGUUUUAGUUAGAAUGACACAGGAACCCCAUAAAUUCUCUUUUUUUCUCCUUUUAUUGUUUACAAAAUACCAACAUAAAUACACAAGAGGAGGCUGUGUGAUAUUGCUGUGUGUGGAUAUGUGUGUGUAUUUAACGGAGGAGCAGGCAGAAAAAAAAAAAAACAGCACUGAAACGAAUGCUCCACCCCUCCGUAACAAACACACUUUCACUAGUCA